UCUUUCUCCGAUCAAAAAAAAAAUCAGGAGAGCUGCAGAGUGAGUUGAGAGAGGAAAAUGGAUCUACCUGAAGAAUGUUGGGAGCUGAUCUUCAGAUUCAUCGACGAAGAUGACUAUCGAUUCCUCGAGUCUCUCUCACUCGUAUCCACCUCAUUCCUCUCCAUCACCAACAACGUUCGCUCCACUUUCACCAUCACAGAUCGCACUCUCCCCUUUCUCCAUCGCCAUCUCCUCCGCUUCCACAACCUCAAGCGAGUAAAAUUCCAUGACUUUCACGGAGAUAUCGACUCGAUCCUUAUGAAACUUUCCCUUUCCUGCUUAGAUUUGGAAUCGCUCGAUAUUUCGGGAAUGCCUUACUUUCCGAAUUUGGCGAAAUCCGAGAUGAAGAAGAUGAAGGAGUUCAGCUGCUCCGGAGUUUGGGAGCUCCGAGAAACCGAUCUGAACUCGAUCGGAGUGUGUUUCCCGUCUCUUCAGAAGCUGGACAUAAGCUACCCUGACUCUCUUCCAAGCCCCGUCUUUGAUUCUGCCAUCAUCAGUCUCUCUAAGAAUCUCAAGAACCUGACGAAGAUCAACGUCUCUGGUAACAAUCUCAUCACGGAUAAGUCUUUGGUCUCUCUCUCCCAGAACUGUCUCCUCCUGAGAGAGAUCAUCUUCCGUGACUGUGAUUUCGUUUCGUCCCGUUGCAUCGAGUUCGUUCUGCGUAAUUCUCGUAACCUGGAGUCUGUGGCGAUCAACGGAAUAGGAUGGAGGCCGAGGGAGUCUUUCUCCAAGGACGCAUUCUUGUUCUCUGGUUGUUUGUCUGAGCUUGAUCUCUCGGAUUCGUUUCUAUCUGAUGAGAUGCUUCGUUUGAUUGCUGACGCCAAGCUUCCUUUAAAGAAGCUUGUUCUCUCCAAUUGUCAGUGUUUCACUUUUGAUGGGGUCUUGUAUUUGCUCACCAGGUACCAGACUUUAGUUCACUUGAAUCUCGAAGGAUCAAGCUUCCUCUCUGAUGAGAUGGUCAUGAAAUUGGUGGUGUUCCUGGGGAGGUUAACCUUUGUGAACUUCAGUUUCUGUGCCAAGUUAACUGGUAUGUCAUUCUUCAACAUCAUUGAGAGAUGUGUUUCCCUCCAGUGCGUCAGAAUGGAAGGGGCGAAUUUUGGAGUGGAAGAAGAUUCCAAGGAACUUGAUGAUAUCAAGUCAAGGAUCAAGUCUUUGUACAUAUCUGGAAACCACAACUUGAGAGAUGAGUGUCUCGUGAAGUUUUCAGGAAUUGUGGCGAGCUGAAAUCUUUGGAUAUAAGCGGAUGCACUGGCAUAAGGAGUCUUGAUGCACUAGAAUUUGAUCUUCCAAAACUGCAGUCUUUACGAGCAUGUGGAACUUGGAUCGACGACCAAGCCCUGUGUUUGAUCAGCAAAACAUGUCCAGGGUUGUUGCGUCUUGAUCUGAAAGGAUGCUUAAAUGUGAGAUCAAGAGGAGUCAAGGAAAUUGUGCAGAGUUGCACACGUUUAAGAGAGAUAAACCUUAACAACUGUGAAGUCGAAGAUGGAAUUUUCACUUGGAUGGUUUGUGCUAAUCCAUCUCUUCGGAAAAUUGUGCUGCCGUCUUGGUUUUCUCCAACUAAAGAACUCCAGAAAUUCUUGCUACGCCAUGGAUGUGUGAUCUGCCAAGAUUCUCCAUAGCAAAACUCUGCAAAUACAAGAAUCUCUAAAAUCGUCAAAUGAACAUAUAUAUAUAAUCUCACUUUCCAUGUUUAAGAAGUUGAUUUUUCUUCAAAUGUUCAGCCAUUAUUCGUAUGUUUCUCUUUAGAUGAUGGAAGUAAACAUCACAACAUUGCAAAUCAAUUAUAACAAAAAGUUCAGAAAUUAUAAGUAAAAAUACUUGCCACAAUGUUGCCAAAAUUUAACUUUAUUAUCAAACUUCCUAAACAACCUGCAUAAAUACAGUAGAACAACUUCCCUCGCCAAAAUGAUGGAUGCGAGAGACAACAUUAUCUCUUUUGCCAAAAUGAAAGAGAACAAAAAGAGUGUUUACUGGGUCACGAUACAUUAUGUCACACUUGCAUCAAGAAGUUUAAAACUUGUAAUCAGGGUUGUCACGUAGACCGAGUUUUGAGAGUGAAAGGCAGUAUGAGUCCCAGUCUGUUCGCCUCAUAUACUUGAGCAGUUUCUUCCGUCUAUGCACCAUUGCUAUAAGUCCC